AUGCAACAGUCUUGGGUUUUUGCUCUGUCCUUAGGAAUACCAUACAUAAUCAUUGUAACGAUAUGGUCUAUCAUCCUAAAGCGGUAUUUCAAAUGGCGCCCGUUCCUCUUUUCGAGUUUUGUAAUUUCUAAUUAUAUUAAGCAGCCAAAAGGCACUUGCAAGUACAUACUCUUCAUCACUUUAUGGUGGGCAUUCUUCUCAUUACCAUUUAUUAUUCCAAUCAUAUAUGCAGGCAUUUUACAUUCUAAAUUCCAAAAUGUUAUUUUGGAUAUAUCAGUAGCCAUUGUUCCUUUUGUUCUUACAUCACUUCUUUUCCUAUACAAAAACUUCAAGAAUAACGGAUUUAAAGUCGGAUUUACAUCAAAGUUAAUGGUCCCACUCGUAUUAGUUUUAAUUAUUGCAUUAAACUCAGUAACAUCAUAUUUAUACAAAGAAGAUCAAUGGGAAGCAUUCGGAUACUUACUAAUGUGCCCAUCUCUUCUUGUUUACGCAUUCGCUCUCGCGAUAUCAAGAGCCAGAAUCAAUUAUGAUACGGCAAACGACUUAAUUACAAGCGAAGAAGCACGAAACGAGUUCUCAAAAGACAUUACAGACAAGAAAUUCAAUAAAUGGCUUGUCGGAAGCCACAAAAUGAAGUGGUGGUGCCUUAUUGUCUUCAUUGUCUUAUCAGCAGGCUUUAAUGCAGCGUUUUACGGUAUAUUUAGAAAUACAGAGACAUUAAUGACAGCAGCCGCUUCAGUUUGCAUUGAUUAUUUAAUUUUAAUCAGACAAUACUUUCUUAAAAACCAAUUACAAACGAUGAACUUACUCAUUGGAGCAUACAUAGUCAAGACAAUAGUGAUUUCCAUUGGUCCGAAGUAUUGGUUGUUUAGUCACUCAUUAUAUCUCAGUAUUUUCGGUUGUUUUUGCUUAGUUAGGUUCCUUCAUUGGUUGUUUAUCAUGUUAUCAUGCGGAUGCAACAAAAAGAGAAUAAGAUCCGAAAAAAUCAACGAUGAAAUCAAAGAAAGACUGGAGAAAGUCACUCCAGAAGGCAGAAGACCUUCAUCAUUAGAAGCAUUAACAAGUAUUAUCUCAUUUAUUCUCACAGCAGGCCUUGCAGCCCUUGUUUUAUUCAAAUUUGCAGAUAAAUCUACCGAAAAAAUCUUCGAUAGAGAGCAGAAAGUAGUUUACGUAAUGAUGUUAGUGUUUGCUAUUGCAGUAUCUCUAUGUCUUGCCUCUCUAAUUUGUGCUUUUAACACUAGAGGUCGAUUAAAUUUUGUAAUGUUGUUAUCUUUCUUACUCGGAUAUGGUGCAACGAUUGUAUUCUUACUGUUUUACAAGGAGAUCCACAUGGAAGUCAUAGAAGUUGUAGUAAUUUUCUUAAUAAUCUUUUUAAUAACUGACGGAUUCAUUGUUUUAAUGCUGACCUUCGAAAAUGGCUUCAACUUCAAGAAAGGAAGUCAUGCCGUCAUCAGACUUUACUUGUUUGGCUUCCUUUUAGUCGCAGACAUGAUAAGUUUAAUUGUGUUGCCGAUUGUUAAGCAAAAAAGUGUCAUUGGUGUCACUUUUGUAUUAGGUUUAUUAUCUGUUUAUUCCUUCUUUGGAUUUUCCCAUUACUUUGUUACACCGACAUACAAAUGGGAUGUGCAAAUUAACUUUGUUUUGUUUGUUUUCUUUUACGGCGGUUUUUGUGGUAGUUUUGUCGGUUUGAAAUUGACAAAAGUUUGCUACUAUUUAAUCGUCAUUGGAGUAGUGUUUGUUGUAUACGGAUUUGUCUUUAUUUGGACCUAUAGAAACAAGUUUUAUUUCACAAAAGGUCCUUUAAUUUUGUCACUUUUAUCUUCAGCCAUUUUUACUGGCUUAAGUUUUGCCUUGUUUUUGAAGACAGAAUAUCAAAUGCUUGGUGCAACUUUAUCUGAAUUAUUCUUAUUAGUUUUUUGUGCAUCACUUUUCUUCUUCGCUAUGACAACUAAUUUAUGGAGAUUUAAUUGGCUUUCUAUUUUAUCAAUUGUUUUAUUUAUUGCUUUAUCUAUUAUAGAGAUUUAUUUCAUUGUUAAAUACAACUCAGACUCUUAUUUCGUUUAUACUAUUAUAUCUAUUGUUCUUGGUUUGUUAACAAUAAGUUUGACAUUGAUGUAUACUUUGAUUAACACAGAAACACAAGUUUUAGUUUUUACAAACUUUUUCUUCCCUUGCAGAAGAUAUACUGAUGGUUCUCUUUACAAAACUAGAUCGUUUACUAUUAGUUUAUCUACUUUCGUUUUCGUUGUAUGGUUCUGGGGAUUGAUGGGUUUAGUUCACAACAAAAAUAAUUUGUUCGCUUUGGUUUGUAUGAAUGGCGGUUUUUAUUUGUCAAUUUUCUUUUCAAUUUAUUUGUUAUUGGAUCUCGACAAAAAGUGCUUUUUCGCGUUGAACUAUAUCUCUAAAAGCACUAUUCUGCAUGCAUUGGCUAAGGCAAUGAGAGCGGCUGGUGUCGGAUCUGACUUCACUUCUGAAAAGUGUCAAAAUAGGACAGAUUUGAAUGAAUUGAUAAAAAGUGAGAAAAUUAAUAGACAUAUCAAUUCAUGCUUAAGCCAUUUCAUCUCUGCUUUGAAAGCGCAGAUUUACAUUUCUUCAGAAAUGGCUUUCGAUAUUUGCAAACAAAAACUUUUCAAUAUUUUGAAACGUGACAAAAAUAAUGAUGUCACUUUUCUUGCAACGAAAGAUUUCAGUCCAGAGCACAGAAACAUCAUUUGUGAGAUAUAUCUUAAGCUUUCAGGAAGAUCAUCUGUUACUCUCCCUGAAAAUGAAUAUAUUUUGAGUAUAAAUUCCACUGUAAACAAAGUUAAUACGAAAACACAGUGGAAAAAUGUUCAAAAAUAUAUAGAAUUGAAAAGUGAGAUAAAAGGAAUGGUUGAUAACCUGAAGAAUAACACGAAAUACGUUGAUGAUGACUUCCAUCCUACGAAAAGAAUUGAAGAAAGCAUUAAAUUACUUGAUAAUUGUCAAUGGGAAAGAGCUGAAAAAAAAUUUAAAGGAAGAGAAUUUGAAAAAACGUGCCAGCCAAAUGAAAUUGUUCAAGGAUAUUUCGGAGAUUGUUAUUUAGUUACUAGUUUGUCAAGUAUUUGCCAAAACUCAAGAAUUAUUAAGAAUUUGUUUUAUAAAUCUGAAUUGGCGGUAAGUAAUGGAGUUUCUUGUGUUUCUUUCAAUGCAAUGGAUACGAAUCUUUAUGUAUUAGUUGAUACUAUGAUUCCUGUUUCUAAAGAAGGAAAACCAAAAAUGGUUUCUCCUUUGAAUGAAAAUUCUCCUUGGUGGUUUUGCAUGGUUGAAAAAACUUUCUGUAAAUUAGUUGGCUCUUUAUCAGAGAGUGAAGGUGGAGCUCCAUCAAAUGCUUUGUAUAGAUUAGUUGGUGGCUAUCCGAUGGUUAUAGAAUUGAACACUUUAGAUGUAAGAGAAAAAUUUAAAUCUGGAGCUUUGUUCGACCAAAUAAAUGAAAUUUUCAUGAAUGGAGGUUAUUUGGUUUCCGGAAGUAUGGAAGGAAAUAAUUCAAGUGUAAAACAUGGAAUCGUUCAAGGGCAUGCUUAUAAUAUUUUAGAUGUUGUUGAUUAUAGAGGCAUCAAAUUAUUGAAAUUGAGAAAUCCAUGGGGAAAGACAGAAUGGAAUGGAGAUUGGUCUGAUGACAGUGAUUUAUGGGAUAGAUAUCCAGCAGUAAAGAAUAGAUGCAAAUUCGAAAAAGCUGAUGAUGGAAUGUUCUGGAUUUCAUUUAAUGAUUUCGUUGAUAAUUAUUCUAGUGUUUAUUGCUUGAUUCCUCCAAAUUCCCUGCCUAGAUACAGAUGUAUCAUCAAAAACAAACUGAAACCAGGAAAUUUGGAUGGUUCUAAACCAGUAACAAAUACUCCUCCUGCAGACAAUUUGUGCCAAUACAUAAUGAGAGUCCAUAAAUCAUCUAAAUUCAUGAUUUGUUUGGAAAGAACUGGACCUGGAAUUGGAACAUGGGUCUACGCAAUGAAAACUAAUACUCCUGUGAAGAAGAUUUCUUCUGGAUCGAAAUACAGGAAUGAAGCUGUUCCAUUGAAUGUUGCUGUCCAUUCAUUUGAGUGGACAUUGGAACAAGGAGACUGGGUUUUCUUCGUGUGCAGAAAUAAGAUUGAUGAACCUUCUGAUUACGUCUUGAGUUUGUACUCGAAUUCAAGCUUUGAAGUGACUUCUUUGAUCAACGGAGAAGGUGCUUCAAUCAAAAUGAAGACUGAAAAGACAAAUUGA